GCGGCAUCUGUCCACCCCUGCAGCUGCAGCAGCAGCAGCAGCCGCCGCCGCCGUGUCCGUGUGAGCAGGAAGCAGACAUGUUUGUGUAGCCGCGCAGCCAGGAGGAGCCACAGAGGCACUAGCACCACCAUCAUCUGUGAGAGCUGCUGCUGAAGGAGGAGGAGGGAGGCCGCUCAGCCGCGCCGUAUCCUAUGUGCCUCCGGGGGAAGGAAGGACAGUGCUGUCUGUUAGACAUGACCGUGCGCUCCCGGCACUGAGGCGGGACGUACCGAGGGAACGCAAACGCCGGCUGCACCCCAGCAGCUGUCACCGGGGCUCAGCCAGUGCAGCCUGGGGGCCGGGAGCGGAGGGACGGGCCUGUGUGUGUAUGUGUCCGGCGGCCUAUGGGGAGGAGGAUGCCGGCGCCCGUUACGCUGCUGCAGAGCCCGGCGCUGAGGUGGGGGUGAGGGGACAGCGAUCUCCGCGUCACAGGGAGGGAUCCCCGCAGCACGCCGCAGCCGUCCGCACAGCCGGAUACCUGCACCGAGCCACGGAGGAGGAGGGCGCGCCCGCACUGUGAGAGGGACUGCCGCCCCGCCGGCCGCACCAUGUCUAACGGGGAGAGCUUCGAGUCCCGGUUCGCUAAGAUUGAUGUCCUGUUGCGGGACCCCAAGUCGGAGGUGAACACGGACUGCCUGCUGGAUGGCUUGGAUGCUAUGGUGUAUGAUUUAGACUUCCCAGCUAUGAGGAAAAACAAGAACAUUGACAACUUCUUAAAUCGAUAUAAAGAUACGAUAAGUAAAAUUCGUGAUUUACGUAUGAAAGCAGAGGAUUACGAAGUGGUUAAGGUCAUCGGUAGAGGAGCGUUUGGUGAAGUUCAACUGGUAAGGCACAAAUCUACAAGAAAAGUUUAUGCAAUGAAGCUUUUGAGCAAGUUGGAGAUGAUAAAGCGAUCAGACUCUGCCUUCUUCUGGGAAGAACGAGAUAUUAUGGCAUUUGCCAAUAGUCCCUGGGUUGUGCAGCUCUUCUAUGCUUUUCAAGAUGAUCGCUAUCUGUACAUGGUGAUGGAGUACAUGCCUGGGGGAGAUCUCGUAAAUUUAAUGAGCAACUAUGACGUUCCUGAGAAAUGGGCUCGGUUCUACACGGCCGAAGUGGUCUUGGCUUUAGAUGCUAUUCAUUCAAUGGGCUUCAUUCACAGGGAUGUGAAGCCUGACAAUAUGCUGCUGGAUAAAUCUGGUCAUUUAAAACUUGCAGAUUUUGGUACAUGUAUGAAAAUGAACCGGGAAGGGAUGGUACGUUGUGACACUGCUGUAGGAACUCCUGAUUACAUUUCCCCUGAAGUAUUAAAGUCGCAGGGAGGUGAUGGUUACUAUGGAAGAGAAUGUGAUUGGUGGUCUGUAGGAGUCUUUUUAUACGAAAUGCUAGUAGGAGACACUCCGUUUUAUGCAGACUCACUGGUUGGAACGUACAGCAAAAUCAUGAACCAUAAGAAUUCGCUCACAUUCCCUGAAGACAGUGAUAUUUCAAAGGAGGCAAAAAACUUGAUCUGUGCGUUCCUCACGGACAGGGAGAUUCGGUUGGGUCGAAAUGGUGUUGAAGAGAUUAAAAGGCAUCUUUUCUUCAAAAAUGAUCAAUGGGCGUGGGAGACUCUUCGAGAUACUGUAGCUCCAGUUGUACCAGACUUGACCAGUGACAUUGACACAAGUAAUUUUGAUGAUUUGGAGGAAGACAAAGGAGAAGAGGAAACCUUUCCUAUACCGAAGGCGUUUGUGGGGAACCAGCUUCCUUUUGUAGGAUUCACAUACUACAGUAACCGGCAGUAUUUAGCUGAUCCUGCAACAAACACUGAUGACAAUAGAUCCAGCUCUAAAGCAGAUAAAAACCUGGUGGAGAUCUUGCAGAAGAGCAUAUAUCAACUUGAAGAGCAGCUACAUAAUGAGAUGCAGCUAAAGGAUGAGAUGGAACAGAAGUGCAGGAUGUCCAACAUUAAGCUUGACAAGAUAAUGAAGGAGCUGGACGAAGAAGGCAAUCAAAGAAAAAACCUGGAAUCAUGCGUGUCUCAAAUUGAGAAGGAAAAAAUGAUGCUCCAGCACCGAAUGAAUGAAUACCAAAGAAAGGCAGAGCAAGAGAGCGAAAAGCGGAGGAAUGUAGAAAAUGAAGUUUCAACAUUAAAAGACCAGUUAGACGAUUUAAAGAAGAUAAGUCAGAAUUCCCAUAUUACAAAUGAAAAGAUAACACAAUUACAAAAGCAAUUGGAAGAAGCUAAUGAUUUCUUAAGGGCGGAGUCUGACACCGCAGCAAGACUACGGAAAAGUCAAAGUGAGAUGAGCAAGACUAUUGCUCAGUUAGAAGCGCUAAAUCGGGAACUGCAGGAUAGGAGUCGGCUGUUGGAAAGUUCAAAGUUACAGGUGGAAAAAGAUUUCUUCCAACUACAGGCGGCCUUAGAUUCGGAAAGGAGGGAUAGGAGUCAAGGGUCAGAGAUGAUUGGGGAUCUACAAGCUCGAAUGACAUCAUUACAAGAAGAGUUGAAACAUAUCAAACACAAUCUUGAAAAGGCAGAAUUGGGCAGGAAAGAGACACUGGAUCUCCUAAACCAUUCUGAAAAAGAAAAAAAUAAUUUGGAGAUUGAGUUGAACUAUCAACUAAAAACGUUACAACAGCGAUUGGACCAGGAAGUGAAUGAACAUAAGGUGACAAAAGCAAGACUGAGCGACAGACACCAGUCAUUUGAGGAGGAGAAGUCAGUGGCAAUGUGUGAGAUGGAAAUGAAAGUGAAGGCUGAAAGGGCUGCAAAGGAGAAAGCAGAGAAUCGGAGAGUGGAGAUAGAGAAGCAGUGUUCAAUGCUGGAUUUUGACCUCAAACAGUCACACCAGAAAAUAGACCACCUCGUUCAACAAAAGGAGAGGUUGGAAGAAGAGGUGAAACAGCUGACAGUACAAUUGGAGCAAGAGACAAAGAAAAGGAUAACAACACAGAAUGACCUGAAUGCAAAAGCAUUUGAAGCCGAUAAUUUAAAGGGGUCUGAGAAACAGUUAAAGCAGGAAAUAAAUACGUUAUUGGAAGCCAAGAGGUUGUUGGAGUUUGAGCUGGUUCAGCUAACAAAACAAUACAGAGGUAAUGAAGGUCAAAUGAGGGAACUACAGGAUCAACUUGAAGCGGAGCAGUAUUUUUCAACUCUAUACAAAACUCAGGUUAAAGAACUGAAAGAAGAAGUUGAGGAGAAGGCGAAGCUCAGCCAAGACUUGGAUAAGAAAUUACACGAACUUCACAAUGAGAAAGAGGCUCUUGCUGCACAGUUAGAUCUUGCUGUAACCAAAGCAGAAUCAGAGCAGCUUGCCAGGGCCCUGCUGGAAGAGCAAUGCUUUGAGCUGUCCCAAGAGAACAAGAAGCUGUCUACAAGGAGCAGGCAAGAUGUUACAGAGAAAGACCAUACUAUCCGCAAGCUGGAAGAAACAAAUACCACAUUCACUAAAAAUGUGCAUACGUUAACAAAAGAAAAUGCUGAGUUGAGUGAAAGGGUUAAGACACUGGAAGAAGAAUUCAGUUUGAAAGAGGAGGAAAUUAGCAACAUGAAGAUUUUAUAUGAAAAAAAUAUAAACACUGAAAGAACGCUUAAAACUCAGGCUGUGAACAAACUGGCUGAGAUUAUGAAUCGAAAAGAUUUCAAACUGGACAGGAAGAAAGCAAACACGCAGGACUUAAGGAAGAAAGAAAAAGAAAACCGUAAGCUGCAGUUGGAUCUGAACCAGGAGAAGGAGAAAUACAACCAGAUGGUUACUAAGUUUCAGAAAGAGAUGGAGGAUAUGCUAAUGCAAUUAACUGAAGAGAGCAACAACAAGAAUGACCUUCAGAUGCAGCUAGAUAGCAAAGAAAGUGACAUUGAACAGCUUCGUGCCAGAUUGGCAGAUUUACAGCUACGUAUGGACUCAACAAGCGUUGCCAGUCUGCAGCCAGAUGAAGCAGAUGGAAUGAUAGGGGAGUCAGAAUCAAGAAUUGAAGGCUGGCUUUCCAUACCAAACAGAGGGAACAUCAAAAGACAUGGAUGGAAGAAGCAGUACGUUGUGGUCAGUAGUAAGAAGAUACUGUUUUACAAUGAUGAGCUGAAUAAAGAACAGUCCAACCCAUCCAUGGUACUAGACAUAGAAAAGCUUUACCAUGUCCGACCUGUUACCCAAGGAGAUGUUUACAGAGCAAAUACCGAUGAGAUCCCUAAAAUAUUCCAGAUACUUUAUGCCAAUGAAGCAGAGUGUAGAAAAGACCUGGAACUGGAACCAGUGCAGCAAACAGAGAAAACAAAUUUCCUCAACCACAAAGGACAUGAGUUUAUCCCUACACUUUAUCACUUCCCAGCAAAUUGUGAAGCUUGUUCUAAACCUUUAUGGCAUGUGUUCAAACCACCUCCAGCCCUGGAAUGCCGAAGGUGCCAUGUUAAGUGCCAUAAAGACCACUUGGAUAAAAAGGAGGAACUCAUAGCUCCCUGUAAAGUGAGUUAUGAUGUGACUUCUGCAAGAGAUAUGCUUCUGCUGGCAUGCACUCAGGAUGAUCAGAAGAAAUGGGUAUCUCAUUUAUUGAAGAAAAUACCCAAAUCUCCACCUUCAAACUUUGUCCGUGUGUCCCCAAGAACUAUGUCUACUAGAUCGACAAACCAGUCCUUCCGAAAACCAACAAAAACUGGUUCUGGAAAAGCCAGCUAAUCACCGUUUAUGGUUGUGUUCGUUCAUGAAGCUGCUCUUCCACAUUAAGGACUGGUUCAGAGACGCUGCUAUUUCUAUCAACAGCAAUACCACAGGCUACAGGGUUACUUUGCUCUCCAACUUUCCCUUGCUAAGGCAGUGAAAGAAUGCAGUGAGGGUCUUCUAUUGCAGGCUUUCCCUAACGAUUGAUAAGACAAAUUAUAUUACUAUGUAAUGCAAGAAAAAGAGAGCUUAGCACACACACACACAUAUAUAUAUAUAUAUAUAUAUAUAUAUAUAUAUAUAUAUAUAUAUACACUGUAUGUAUGGUGUGUCAAAUCAGCACAAUUAUAUUUGGAUGUCGGAGAAAGCCUGCUGGUUAUGGUGGACUGCAGCUUUUGCAUUGGUGUGGAUUUGAGCAGGAUAGCAGAAGAAUAAAUAUAUCUCAAAAUGAGAACAGGUAUCCCUAUAUAGUCUCUCCAUCUUCUUGAAGACUGCUGAUUCAACUUGCAAGAAGCUAAGUGACCACUUGAACUCUAGUGCCUUCACUUUACAGCUCUUAGCAGCCUUACAGCAGAAGCACAGGGCAGGAGAAAGGAUCCUGUUUUAUGCUUUGCUAAAUAUUAUACAGCUAUUCAUCAAGGUGAAAGGUCAACAUAUUGUUUUAACUAUGCAUUUUUAUUUUGUUUUGCCAAGCCAUAUUGAAUUGUGUUUAAUAUAUAGAGGCAUUAGAAACUAACAGUACAAAACAAAGGUUUUACACGUGUUUUUGAAUGCAUCAUUUUGUUUGUAUUGUAUUGCCUUACAGUUUUUAAAGAUAAACAACGUUAAGUUAACGGACAUAUAAAAUAUGUAUGCACUGUGUGAACUUGUAAAUUAUUGUUAGAACACUUUAUUGGGUAUUGCUUUGUUCUUUUAGUGCCUUAUUUCAAUUAUUUUACUGCCAUGUUUUUAGUGUAAUGGGCACACAAUCAAGUUUUCUAACAAGUAAUACCCAUUCACAGGUUUUAUCAACCUCAGUUAUGUCACAUUGCUUUUAUUAGGGGGAGGUUGAAAUGUCAUUUGUAUUAAGAAACCGAAACACGUGUAAUGUGUAAAAGAUUACUAAAAUGUAUGUUGUAGAUGUCCGUUUUACAUUCCUGGUAGGCGUACCCAUGAUUUCCAGGGUUUUAAAUCGCUGAUUUGCUCCAUAUUGGAGCAUAUCAGCAUUUUAGCCAACCUCCGAGCCCAUCGAUUGAGGGACCAAUAUGGCUUCCAGUUUUUUAGCAGGCCUCCAGCAGUCAUUGUUGACCAUCAGUUCCAGUAACUGUCCUGCAAAAGAACGUCAAGGCCAAGUCUCAAGUUGGGCUAAUGGAGGCAUGGCUGGUUACAUGCUGGUGCCCAUUCCUUACAAUUGCAGUUAUGUGAACCAUUAUUAUAUGGAGGGUACCUUCUUCCAAACCUUUGCUUUCCUUCCAGAAUGUGUUACUGUGUGUAAGACAUAUCAUGUGAUUUCUGAACAAUCACUGACAUAAACUACCUGCUAAGGUUUGUGUUUAUAGAAUAUGCUGAGCAUACGAGCGUUUAAAGCAUUAAAGUAAGUUUCACAUUUUUAUAUACCCUUGAUAAUACAGGGAUUCUAAUAUAAAUGUUACUGCUUAUAAGCAGAGACAAUUUAAGGUUUGGGCAAUAAUGGUCUAUUUUUAUUUGUUGUUUUAUUUUUAUUUUUUUUACCAAAUACCUCCUCAGUAAUUUAUAAUGGCUUUGCAGUUGUGUAUUAAACAAAAAUCUAUAAAAAAAAUUAAAUAAAAAGAGCACUGGAAACCUGGUUCGUCUGAAGGCAAUUUGCAUGUUUCAAGUGGUAUUGAAAUCCGCACUGAUGGAUAUGUAAUAAUAAACAUAUCUGUUAUUAAUAUGCUAAUGACUGUGUGAUUAUUUGAAAAUAAAUAAAACCUAUUUAUAGAA